AUGGCGUCGCUGCGCAAAAAGUUAGAUUCUUUCCGUGUUGAUGUUGGCGAUCGACCGAGGUUGGGGGAAGAGAACGGUGCUUUUACACCAACAAAGACUUUAUGUUGUAACAGAAGUGCGUCCAAGCCCCUUCCUUUCAUCCUGUUUCCCUCGGUUCGUUGUUGUUGCUGCCAAACAUCGGAGGUGAAACCGAUGUCAGAUUUGUCGCCACGUUUUAGGGUGCCUUCUGGUGUAGGACCACAGCAGGGAGGAUCGUGCCAAUCUACUUUUACAGGGGAAGAAGAGGGAGGAGAAUGCGUGGAGGGCGCAGCGUCUUCCAAAGGAGCACAAAUCAACUGUGGUUGCUGUGUGCCAAAUGCGUCGUUGGAGUCGGCUGACGGCUCGUUAUUGGACGUUGUGGACCUUCUUACAACCUUCUACAACUUACCUCCGCCUGCCUGCUGGAGGUGCAGGGAGACGCUGCCGAACUCGUUUGGCGAGGAACUCUUGGCGUCGGCUCUUGGGACGACUAGCGACAACCUCCUAGACCGUUACGCGUCGUUGUUAGUGGAGCGGUUGAAUAAAAGCGUUAUUGGAAUUGAGACUCCCAAGCAUACGGAAAGGAAACUCAGUGUCUUGCGUACUGAAGGUACAACCACUUCCGUUGAUGCACUGGCUCAUCUUCCGUACUCCGUUCUUGGAAAGGUGCUGGAGAAUACAGGGUUUCCCAAUGAAAUCAUGCCCUACAAAAUUGCUUGUGCAGCAUGUGAGCUACACUUCACGGAUCGCACGGGGGAUUGCGUUCGCUUCGCAUCGGCAUCGAGACACACAGGUUCUGUUUCGCACACUUCAACAAGGGUGGACAAACCUGAGUCAGUACCAGACUCAAACUGUACAUGUAAAGAAGGUGCCAUAGAGUCUUUGUUGUGCAGCGUACGUUUUCUUUGGCUUCCAGCACGUUUCCUAGAGAGUGAACUUAGGCGUUAUGAAGUACUGUUGCCCACCAUAAGGGGCCGUUGUUGCGCCACUUACUCAGGAUUUCUCCUCCGUCUCGGUCAAGCUGCUAAGUUGAAGAGCUGUUUGCGCAGCUCGCCCGACUCGGAAACAGGACCGUUCCAAGAUGGCCCAUUCAGUGACAUUCUCCUGUCAGAACUCCGGCGUUUACGCCCCUCGUAUGAUUUUCUGACGACUGCGGAAAGACAUCUAGUGUUGGGGGAAAACGUGACUUUCUCCCUGCUGAGGAAAAUACAGGAAAAAUGCGAUGCAAGCGAAUAG